AUGAAGGCCUCCAUCUCCCUCGCUGCCCUCGCUGCCCUGGCCGCCACUGCUGAGGCUCAGAACUACUUGGGCUUCAACUCCGGUGCCACCAAGGCCGACCGCUCCGCCAAGUUCAAGGCCGACUUCGCGGCCGAGUUCAAGACUGCUCAGGGACUUGUCGGCGCCCCCGGCGACUUCAACGCUGUCCGCCUGUACACCAACAUCCAGGCCUACUCCACCGAGGAUCCCAUCGAGGCUUUCGAGGCUGCCAUUGAGACCAAGACCUACAUCCUCCUCGGUAUCUGGACCUCCGGCACCGACAACAUUGACAAGGAGAUCAACGCCCUGAAGACCGCUGUCACCAAGUACGGCACCAAGCUCACCGACCUCAUCAUCGGUGCCUCCAUUGGUUCCGAGGACCUAUACCGCAACUCCGUCACCGGUGUCAAGAACAAGUCCGGCGUCGGUGCCGACCCCAAGACCAUUGUCGGCUUCAUCGACGACUUCAAGACCGCCUUCAAGGGAACCCCUCUGUCCAACGUCCUCAUCGGCCACGUCGACACCUGGGACGUCUGGGGAAACGCCACCAACAAGCCCGUCCUCGACGCCGUCGACUGGGUUGGCGUUGACGAGUACCCCUACUACGAGAACGGUAAGGGCAACACCAUUGACAACGCCGCCAGCCUUUUCGAUAAGGCCUUCGAUGCCACCAAAGCUACCGCCGGCGGCAAACCCGUUUGGGUCACCGAGACGGGCUGGCCUGUUACCGGCGAGACUUGGGAUGAGGCCGUCCCCAGCACCAAGAAUGCCCAAAAGUACUGGCAAGAGGUUGGUUGCCGCACGCUCUUCAACAAGGUCCCCACCUUCUGGUACAACCUUCGCGACUCCAACCCCGACAACUCGAUGAAGUUCGCCAUCACCAAGGACCUGUCCACCACCCCUCUGUUCAACCUCACCUGCCCCACCACGUUCGACACUCCCUCCAGCACCAAGACUGCUUCUGUCUCCGGCACUGCCACUGCUAAGCCCAGCACAAGCUCUGGCGCCAGCUCUAGCGGUAACAGCACCAGCGGCGGCUCAGGCUCCGGCUCCGGCUCUGGCAGCGGCUCUGGCAGCGGUUCUAACUCGACCGUCUCCACUGCCGCUCCCUCUGCCACCUCCGGCUCCGGCUCCGGUUCCUCGGGCAGCGGAUCCGGCUCUGGUGCCAGCGCCAGCAGCAAGCCAUCGGCCGUUGCUGGCUCUGGCGCCGCUGGCCUCCAGGCCCUCACCACUGGUGCUCUGGCCGUCGUUGCCGGCGCUUUCGCUCUGCUCUACUAA